GUUGUUGUUAUCAGCAGCACCAACGGUCCGUAUCCUAUCUUCCCCCUGCUACCUCUUUUUCUUCCUUAUCUCAGCCAAACAAGAAAGAAAAAUAAAAAUAAAAAUGGCUGAAAUGAGUGUACCCAUUACUUCAAUUCAAUUCUUUCCUAAAUCAGCACUCUGCUCCCUCUCAACCAGAAAAUUUAACCCUCACGACUUGUGGGUUGGUUCAGCAAUUGUAUCUCCCAGCCCUAAGUUUUGCUUAAAGUCCAAGUACAAUUCACUUCCUUUCUGUGCUGCUGCUGUGAAGGCUGCUUCUUCUUCAGAAAAAACUCAAACGGAGCCCAUGAUCCCUCCUUACAAUGUCUUAAUUACAGGUGGUUCCAAAGGAAUAGGCUAUGCAUUAGCUAAAGAAUUUCUCAAGGCGGGUGAUAAUGUCAUCAUUUGCUCCAGAUCAGAUGAAAGAGUUGUAUCUGCUCUUGACAGAUUAAGAGUUGAAACGGGGAAGCAGCAUGUGUGGGGCACCAGGUGUGAUGUUAAAGAGGGAGAAGACGUGAAGAACUUAGCUGCCUUUGCGAAGCAAAAGCUUAAAUACAUUGACAUAUGGAUCAAUAAUGCAGGAUCAAAUGCAUAUAGCUUCAAACCCCUGGCAGAAGCUUCUGAUGAAGAUCUAAUUCAAGUUGUCACUACAAAUACUCUUGGUUUGAUGAUAUGUUGUCGUGAGGCUAUAAACUUGAUGCAGAAUCAGCCUCGAGGAGGUCAUAUUUUUAAUAUUGAUGGGGCUGGUUCAGAUGGAAGACCAACCCCCAGAUUUGCUGCAUAUGGAGCGACAAAGCGCAGUGUUGUGCACUUAACCAAAUCAUUGCAGUUGGAAGACUUGAAUGCUGGCUGGCCUUCAUCCUUCUUAGAUGCGUCUCUAUGUAGCAAAAGCAGGAUAGCUGCAAAAGCAGAAUUGGAAAUGCAAGAUGUUAAAAAUGUUAUAGUGCAUAAUCUAUCGCCUGGGAUGGUCACAACUGAUCUUUUAAUGUCUGGUGCCAACACGAAGCAGGCCAAGUUCUUCAUUAACGUUUUGGCAGAGCCAGCAGAUGUGGUUGCAGAGUAUUUAGUCCCAAACAUUAGAUCAAUUCCGACCAAUGGAUCAAGAAAGCCUACUUACAUACGUUUCCUCACAGGAUUGAAAGCAUAUUCCCAAAUAUUUUCAAGGAUUGCAUUUGGUGCUAGAAGGAAUCGGUAUGUUCUUGAAGAUUGAUGAAUCGACGGGUCCAAAUGGAUGAUUGGGGUUCAAAUUUAUCUCUCAUCUUUUUGCUCACAACUUGUGUAUAUCAUUGGAAGCCUUACCAUUUUUGACGAGGACAAAGCCAUGUAAGAGGUUGGGAUAGAAUGAGCUUAUGCUUAAAAGAGUGUCUGUAUCUUACUUCUUAUUGACCUAUUUAGAUAAACAAUCAAAAGGAAAUUUUCUUUUCACUACAAAUUCUUUUUAUAUGUUCUAAAUUAAUUUUAAUACUAAAAUUGUGAUUA